CAGUGUGCAGGUAGUGCACUGCUGAGAAGAAAGUCAACGUUAACGUUAUGCCACUGGCAGAGAAAGUCAACGUUAUGCCGUAAAUACAUGGCUCCAUAGCUAAGCCUAGUACGACAGUUGAGCAAGAUGUCCACUGGCAAGGAAAAAAAGGAAAUGGACAGACCUACUUAGAAAAUGUUUUCUGUACCAUGGCUGCAUCUCUACGGAAAGCUGUAUGAGACGUUGAUGGAGAGGCAUGGCCCGCAUAUCUUUACCCUCUUUGGACUCCUCCCUUCCAGGGAUACCCCAGAGUGUCCUGGCUGUUUCCAUGGAAGCUAAGUACCAAUGCCAGCAGUGUCACCAGGUCCUGAGGAAGCCAGUCCAGGCUCAGUGUGGACAUCGUUUCUGUGUCCAUUGUUUCAAACUGCUCACCAGCUCCGGCCCAAAGCCCUGUGAAGCCUGUCGACAGGAGGAGAUAUAUGAGGAGCCACAGUCCAUUCUCAAUAGUAAUGAGGCUUUUCCAGACAAUGCAGCUGGUAGAGAAAUCGCCAGCCUGCCUGCCAAAUGUAUCAGUGAGGGAUGCUCUUGGACUGGUUGCAUAAAAGAAUAUGAGGCACAACACGAGGGCAAGUGUGAGUAUGAGCGAGUACCAUGUGAAAACUGCCAGGUCCUUAUCCUGCGCAGUGAAAAAGAGAGGCAUAAUGAGAGAGAAUGUGAAGCAAGGACAUUGAACUGCAAGUACUGCAAAGUCUCCUUCAACUUCAAGGAAAUCAAGGCUCAUGAUGAAAUCUGCCAGAAGUUUCCCAUGCAGUGCAAGGACUGUGGAAAGAAAAAGAUCCCACGGGAAAAGUUUCUAGAUCACAGCAGAUCCUGUGCCAAGUCUAAGACUGCAUGUCCGUUCAGUGAGGUCGGCUGCAAGGUUGUGAUUGAUAAUGGGAAGCACAGUGACCACGAGCAGACUAGUGUCAUGGAGCACAUGCGUCUGAUCCUGGCGAUGAUGUCUCUGGUGCGGCUUCAGCGUCCAGAAGCCCCAGGGCUGGGGGAGUGGCAGGAGGACUCUGGGCUGGGCCUGUACCGCGCUCCCGAGGAUGGAGCCACAGCUACUGCAGCCACAGAUGGGGGAGGAGCUGCUGCCUCUGGACAGACCUUUGGUCUUGACCACAAGGUGAGAGCACUGGAGAAUAUAGUGUGUGUAUUGAACAGGGAAGUGGAGAGGAGUUCUCUCACUUUAGAGGCCUUCUCACGGCAACAUCGUCUAGACCAAGACAAGAUUGAGAACCUCGGCAACAAGGUACGUCAACUAGAGCGCACUCUCACCAUGCGGGACCUACAACUGGCUGAGACAGACCAGACUCUGAGAGAACUCCAGUUUUGCACCUUUGAUGGUGUCUUUGUCUGGAAGAUCGCCGACUUCUCACGGCGCCGCCAGGACGCUGUGGCUGGGCGAACACCCGCUAUGUUCUCACCAGCAUUCUACUCAAGUAAAUAUGGCUAUAAGAUGUGUCUGAGACUGUAUCUGAAUGGGGACGGAACGGGUCGAGGGACUCACCUUUCUCUUUUCUUCGUGGUGAUGAGGGGCAAGUGUGACGCUCUGCUCAAAUGGCCCUUCAGUCAGAAGGUGACACUGAUGCUGCUGGAUCAGAAUAACAGGGAGCAUAUCAUUGAUGCAUUCCGGCCUGAUGUAAGCUCCACCUCUUUCCAGCGGCCAAUCAGUGAGAUGAACAUAGCCAGUGGCUGCCCACUCUUCUGCCCAUUGGCUAAACUGGCAGGCAAGAGCUCCUACCUUAGGGAUGACACCAUUUUCAUCAAGGCCAUUGUAGACCUCACAGGCCUGUAAUGACUGUGGAAGUCAAAGGCUUGUAGAAGUGGUGGUCAAAGGUCUGUAGAAACAGGAAGGGGUAGUUAAAGGCCCAAAAAUGCACAGCAGAAGAACACACACAAUGAUGACUUAUGACCAUAAAAUACAUUAAAUUAUAAAUAUAUUAAAUAAUAUAAUAUAAUUAUAAGCAUAAUCUAGGCAGUGUCUAUUUAGCCAGCUAACAGCAUUUGAAUGAAAACUCAGGUGGGUCAGAAAUUCUCUCAGGGAGAGCGCUAUCUCAAGCGUUCGGUCCAUUCGUCAGAUCUGCAGGAUUAUAUAGAUAUUGUGAAUUGUAUUCAUUGAAGGCACUGAGAGUCACAUUUGUGGAACCAUCAAGUGUGCAGGAUGCACCACCAGUUGCAUGAUAAGGUAUUUACAGGGGAUUUCCAACAUAUUGUUAAUCAGAUUGCAAUGGAGGGUCUAGCCCACCCCAUAUGGGCCAUCUACGAGUGACGUAUUGUUCACCAUAGUUCACACUGUAAUAUUUAAAGUAAUAGUUACAGAGUCUUAUAGUGGAUGUCAGAAAUAGAUCUCGCAUAUGGUACAAUGGAGCGCCCUUCACUGGUAACGAAAAGAGAGAUCAGUAGAUUGGACACCAUUGCCUUGAAUUAAUAAGUCUCAACAUCCUUUACAUAAACAUGCUAAUUGUGGUGGACUAUUCAAGCAUUGGUUCAGAGGACCACAGUAUGACUCAUAAUACCCAUAAAACCUAGCAGUCAAACAGGGAAAUGGUUCCAAUCAUUUUUUCACCAUUAAUUUUUCCCAUAGGGGAUUUUAAAAACACUUAAAAUAAGGGGUUUGUUUCAUGUAGGCUUACCAUGGCAUGACGUUUUGAUAACUGUGUAAAUCUCUCUAGGACAAGGUGACUUUUAUAAAUAUACUCACCUGUAUUUACCCCCAAAUUCAAUGCUAAUUAGCUGCUAAUGUGGCUAUCAUAAAGGACUACAAAUGCCAUGAUGAUCUGGGCGAGACUGCCGAAUCGAGGCAAAGGUAAUAAUGUCUGGAUUAACUAAUGUUAGUGGAAUGUAAUAAUGAAUAAAUUGGCUACAUUUCUUUAUAAAUGAACAAUUCUGUGAACUGUCUUGUGCAAGUUUUAAAUUGACACAAUACCUGUUAGCAAAGGUGUCAGCUAGAGAUGACGUUCAGGAGCUUACAGGGAGUUGUCGUUUUGCAUUAUGUCUACGUUGAUGCCAAUUAGUAAUUUAUUUUCUGCAAGUAAAUCGAGCAGAAUAUAUUGAUAAGUCACCUUGUCCAACAGAGAUUAAUGUGGUUGUCAAAAUGUCCCGACAAGGUGUGCCUCCACGAAUCAUCCCUGAGUUUAAGGGUGUCUCAAAUCCCCUAUGGGGAAAAAAGAAUAGUGUGAAAAUGAUUGGAACCAUUUCCCUGUUUGACCGCUAUGUUUUAUGGGUAUUAUGACACCUUCGCUGUGGGGUUCUUUUGGCCCUCUUGAUCAGCCUAUUUCUCACUGAUUGUAAAAGAUCCGUAGUGUUAUUUGCUAAUGUUUUAUAAAAAUGUUUGCUAAAGUAUUUUUCACUAGAAAAUGAGUAACCUUACCGGCAAAAUAUACUUUUAACAUCUAAUGCUGUUAGCCGGCUAGAUAACCACUGCCUCUAAAUAAUAUAUAAAUCUCACACACAGUGCAUUCGUAAAGUAUUCAGACCACUUGACUUUUUCCACAUUUUGUUACAUUACAGCCUUAUUCUAAAACUGAUUAAAUGAUGAAGAAAAAAAACAAAUCUACACACAAUACCUGAAUAAUGACAAAGGAAAAACUGGUUUGAAUACCUUCUGAAUCCACUGUAUAUACAAUACUGUAUGGUGUGUAUAAGUACACCACAGCAUAGACAUAUAAAGUAAAGAUAUGAUUCAAUACAUUAUCAUAUUAUAAAUGAAUUAUAUAAGAUAACUGUUAUAAAGUGAUAAGCUGAGGAAGCUCCUUCUCUUUUCAAAUACUAAAUGCAUCUUUACUUUCAAAUAACAAGCUUAUUUCUAGAUGGUGAGCUCACUCAAAAAUACCCUUUAGCAAGCUAUUAAAUAUGCCAGGGAUGGGCAACUGGUGGCCCGCGGUCCCCUUUUGUAGGCCUGUGGACCAAUAAAGAAAAAAAUAGGUUUGGGUAGGGGGGGGGGGUGUAUGAAUGUGGGUACGCAGAGUCACAAGGAAACUGUGGACCCUCAUUAGUUCUGUUUUUGUGUUGGCCCCACCCUCAUCCAAGUUGCCAAUCCCUGAUAUAAGCAAUUGUAUUGAAUAUAACAAUGGAGUGUUUCUGAAUGUUAUUUACUUGUGACGGGCUCUCUUUCUUGUGUAAAGUGAAGAAAGACAAUGUAGAUCUAACAUUAACACAUGCUACAAGUAGAUCGCCUUCACAUUAUUCUGGGUCAUUCAUUAUCUAUGUGUGAUUUACUGAAGCAUUUAUGGUUAAGCUUUUAUGAUUACGUUUCUGCAUGUGUUCAUGUAGAUCUAGUAUGAAUCUUUAAUUAUCACAUCCAUUAAAUUGACAGACUAAGA